AUAUAUUAUGUGUUGGUUAUUAUCGUUCAUGUUAAAAUGUUUAUAUUAUGAAAAACGUAACCAAUUAAUUGCAUAGUAUGCAAGGUGCUGUAACGUGCUUAAACUGUUAUAUAAGCCAUUUUAAAUUAUUCGGCGGGCUUUUUUUUUUUUACUUAAAUACUUAUGAUAUCCAGAUAUUAAAUAUAAUAAGCGGUGACGAAGGCAAGCAAGUAACGUUAAAAUUCGGUAUUUAUUUUAGCACGUGAUAUAUUAAGUUUUUAACCGCUUAGAAACACCGAGAUUUUUCGCUGUUAGUGCGUUUAGUUAGCAUGAGCGGAAGUGCAAACGUAAAAACCCGCGAAUGUGAGUUUAUUUUUAUAGAGUGAAAGACGCACAAUGGUGGAGGUGGCAUCAGACUUAAACUUUGUUAAGGUAUGUCUUGACAAAUAAUGAGUGCUCAAUUGGAGCUUUUUACAAUGUUCCAAUCAGAACGGAGGCAACGUUUAUCUCAUAAUGUAGUUUGUCACUGUAUAAGCCUUGAAUCGUAGCACUAUGUAUACGUUAUAUAAAUAAUAUUUUCUUGUCCCUUGAAUAAGUUGAUAGAUUCAUUGGAGAAUGAAAGGCAGGUUAGUGGUGGGAUUGAAAUCACUCACAGUGAAAUACAUGUGGAUGAGAUUCAAACUUCUCAGUUUGGUUGUUCUUGUGAUGAUUUGGAAUCCAGUCAGUCAGAGAGUGACAGUGAUGAUAACUUUGAUUGUGGGCAGAACGAUUACCAGGACACCCUCCAGGCAAGUUUGAGAAAUUGGGCUGUUCAGUUCAGUAUCCCUUUAAUUGCCUUAUCUGCAUUACUAACUAUACUCAGAAUUAAUCAUGCUUUUUUGCCAAAAGAUGCAAGGUCCUUACUGAAAACUAAGACUGCUUACACAGUUGAAAUGCUUGGUGGUGGUUCAUUUCAUUACUUUGGCAUUAAACAUUCUCUGAGAGCUUUCUUUGAAAAGGUAUGGUCAACUGUUCCAAGUGGACACACUUUUAAUUUGCAACUUAAUUUUGAUGGGCUUCCUAUUUUUAAGAGUUCUUCACUUCAGUUUUGGCCAGUUCUUGGAAUUGUUAAGAAUUAUACUGUAUCAAGAUUCCAGUUUUGAUUGCAUUGUUCUGUGGAUGUUCAAAACCAAACUCACUUUCUGAAUACUUGAGUGCUCUAGUUAAUGAGUUAAAAACAAUUGGAAAAGGAUUUCCUGUGAAAGGAAAAACAUUUUUCAUCACUUUAUCUUCAGUUGUUUGCGAUGCACCUGCUAGAGCCUUUAUUAAGGGCAUAAAAUCACACACUGGAUAUCACAGUUGUGAUAAGUGUGUACAAAAAGGAGUAUAUGUAAACCACCGUAUGACAUUUCCAGAAACCACUGCAAGUCUUCGAACAGGUGAAUCAUUUAAAACAUUAGAUGAUGAUGCACACCAUGUAGAAUCUUCACCUCUCUCAGAAAUCAUAGAUAUGAUUAAGGGAUUCCCGCAUGAUUACAUGCACCUUGUAUGCUUAGGAGUAAUGAGACGUCUCUUGGAUUUGUGGAUAGGAAGCAAUGGCCCACUACAGUGCCGUGUUUCAGCCAGUCAAGUGUCGUUAAUUUCUGAUAGGAAUGAAACCACGUAACACUACCAACUUAACGAGUUUGCAAGGAAGCCCCGUUCACUUUUUGAAAGACUACGGUGGAAAGCAACUGAGUUGAGACAAUUCUUAUUGUACACGGGUCCAGUUGUUUUGAGAGAGAUAUUUCACUCUGAGGUGUAUCAAAAUUUCAUGCUGCUCUCUGUGGGUAUAUACAUUUUAGCAAGUCCUGAGUACUGUUCAACUAUGAAUGAUUUUGCUAACUCUUUGCUAGUGGCAUUUGUCAAGCAUUUUAGUGAGUUAUAUGGUCCUGAGUUUGUCAGCUAUAAUGUACAUGGGCUAACUCAUUUAAGUCAAGAUGUUAAAGUCCAUGGUAGUUUGGAUGUUAUAUCAGGUUUUCCAUUUGAAAAUUAUCUAAGAAAGCUAAAGAAAAUGGUUAGACGACCUCACUGUCCUUUAACACAGGUUAUACGUAGGAUUUCAGAGCUUGACUUCUUGCAUUUAAAUUCUGAUUUUAGCAUACACCCUCAAAAGAGGUUUAAAAUGCAACAUUCAGAUGGUCCAGUUCCAUUACACUUUGAGGUAGUACUCCAGUUUAAAGAGGUGGAGUUUAAUGGAUUUGUCAUCAAAGUUUCUACAGGGGAUUCCUGUAUUAAAAUUGAUAAUAAAAUUGUCAUAGUUCAAAAUAUAAUUGUGCAUGAAGACAGGGAAUAUGUUGUCUGUCAGGAAUACCAACACAAGGCCAUAUUUUUUGAAUAUCCAAUUGAUUCUUCAUACCUGGGGAUUUUUGUUGUGUCCAAGCUUUCCUCAAAUCUUCAGUGUUUACCUAUUGGUUCUGGCAUGCUGAAAUAUGUCCGUUUGCCACUAGAUGACAAAUAUCUUGUAAUCCCCCUACUUCAUAUACAGUAAAUACAGAUUAAUUGGUACAGUAUUUUUUUUUGUUUGUUUCUUCCUUCCUGUUGUGUUACAGAGUUCAUAAGUGCUUUUUCUAAUUAGUUUUUUAAACUCUCAUCACCCCACCACUUGCAUUCUUUAUAUUCUGGACUGAUUUAUGGUGGUGUGUGAAGUUGCUAGGUAAGCAAAUUUGAUUAUUUCAACUGUACAAAUGAAAUCAUGUUUAACUAAUAUAAUUUACUGUAUACAGUAUAUUAAUCAUAUGUAUUAUUAUUGUUACUUAUAUUUGAUUAGUAAUUGUAAGCAUGCAUGCAUGUUGUAAGUGCAUUUAUCAAGGACUUUUAUAAAUGUUUUAAAAAAAUCUUUGUUUUUAGUAAUUUUUGUAGGCUAUGUAUCACAUUGUGAAUUUUUCGGAAUGCAAUGAAGUUGAGUUGGUGCCAUCCAAUUGGGUAUCCAAUGGAGUGUGUGCUUGGCCACCAUAUAAAACUGGAGAUAUCCAUAAGGCUAUAAUAAAUAAAGAGCAGCCAAAAGAAAACUGAAAAUCAUUUAAGGUUGAAGUUAUGUACACGACAGAUAAUUACAGAACUGCAAGACUGAAGCUUCCAGUUGCCGAAAGACACUCAGAUUUGCAGACAGCAGAAGAUGAAGAAGAUGAUGAAAUUCCAAAAAGGACAAAAAGAAGGAAAAUAGCAAACACAAGAUUUGAUAGUGAUAGCUACGGUGAUGUCUGUAGCAAACCCAAAAGCCAUCUACCUCCACCACCCAAGAUAACCCCUCCUCAAAAAUUUUCAAAAUCAACCACCAAGAUAUCUGCUGACCUUGGAGAACUUGGACGAAAUGCAAAAUCAAUGUGCAGGAUGCAUCAACCUGACAGUGUUCAGCUACAUUCUGAAUGUAGGUACACUGAAUGUGGAAGAUGCACUCAAGAAAUGAAAAGCCUGAGAAAUGAUUACAAAAAUCAAAGUACAUCUACAGUGGAAGAGCACCUAACCCCAGAGUGUGUGGAAAUUGCAAAUACUGCAUUUAGACACUGGUCUACCUCACAACAAAAUGAUGGACCAAAUCAAGACAUUUAUGGCCCCAUUCUUCGAAACAUUCAGGUUAAGCAGGAAAUGAUGAUGGAGCAAGUCAAAGUGAUUUUAAAAACCGUACAAGACCUACAUGAGAAAUGCUGUAGUGACAGUGGUUCAGAUCCAGUGCUGGAAAAAGACAUUCUUCCACUUCAAGAUCUCACAUCCAUGCAACAGCUUGAAAGUGACCUAGCGGUUGGUGGAGAUUUAAAAAAAAAACUAAUUACAUUGCUUGGGAUUCAAGGAGGCAUUGAUGUGAGAGACACGGUGUGGAGAAUCAUGAGGCAAACUUUCACCAAUUCAUUGGCCAAACAACUUAACUGGAGGGGAAUAAAUGGAAAAACAUGUUUUCAUAGCCUUCACAUUAAGGAUAUUGUGAUUGAUGCAGUACGAAGAAACUCUGUAACAUCAAGAGCCACAACUCAGGAAAUAGAAAUGUGGAUUAAGAGACGGCUUCAUCUGGCUGCAGAUAGGGAUGGAGGGAGACGAGCAAGAAUGGAGCGUCAGAGAAAGAACAGCUAUCAAGAAUCAGGUGAAAUGCAUGUUCUUUCAAGUCAUCAUUAAGACCAGCCUUCUAAACCUUUGCUGAGGACAAGCUGGACAAAUGUGAUACCUUGAUCUGCCACAACCUUCCCAAAGAGAUUAGUGCUCAUUCAAUGCUUUCUGAGUUCUAACAUCAGGCACCAUCUGGAACUGUGUGUAAUAGUGGGUAUCCAAUCACGGACUUUAUAAAAUUAAUGUUUGUACAUUUUGUUGACUGAAAUUUUUACCAUCACUGUUUGAUACAUUCUUGUUUUGUGCUUGUUUUAAAGAUUUACAUUUAGGAAACCUUUCCCUGUUUGUUUAUUUAAAUAAUUCAUUGUGCAAGACAACAGUUAAAAUUAAGUUCAAUAUGUAAAGUAAAAAUCUAUUUUAUAAUAUGUGUAUCUCACCUAUGUGAUGUUUUUUAGGCACAUACAGGCUUAUUUGUUAUUUUUCCAUGUGUAUGCUCACAUGAUUCAUAAGAAAAUGGUAAUGUAAAACUGUAUAAAUUGUAAAUGUAUUAUAGACUAUUUUGUCAUGGUGGUUUAUUUAUUUGGAUAUGUCAGAAACGCAAGGAACUUUGUUUUGUUCGUUUUCUAUAUAAAUAAAACAUUUAC